AUGUCUACUGUUUUGCCUUAUACACUGGCGGGAGCCGCAUUGCUCUCCACCUUCAUUGUCACAAUUCUCAAUGGUAUUUCUUAUGCAACUUCCAAGGUCUCAUCCGACUUGCCUCCACUCAUCCUGAGUGCAAUCAGCUGCUUGGCAUUGGUGAUGCUUAGUGUGCUCCACCACAAAGACAUCCAGGGCCGUCUACAAUGGACCUGUAUCUCCGGCGGAUAUCUACUCAUUGCUUCAGCUAUCUCUGCCGGAGCCAUGACCUCGAGUCCCCAAGCCUCCGUGUUCAUCACCCGCGCAGUAUUCUGGGCUUUCGCCGUCUUCGCCCAAGGGUUAUACUGUGGAUUCAUUGCUAUGCCUCUGAUCCACGAACGACAAAACCCCGAGUGGCCUCGUUCAUACUCCGAGGAGCUCAAGUCUGUCCCUCAGAGCCCUCAACUCCUUCCCUCACCACCACGAGUAUGCGAUCUAUCAGAACUCUUCGAGCCUAAGCGUACCUCUCUGCGCAAAUUCCCUCGUCGCUCCAAUCGGUUCUCCGACGCAACCCUCUGCCAAAGCAACAAAGAAACCAAGCGAGCGUCCAUCGAUACUUCGUCCACCCGAUCCACCCCAACCCAUUCCCCAACCACCGACAAAACUCCCUUUGAGCCGCAUCACUCCCUUCCUCUCCGGGGCAGCAACAGCAUCCGCAGCAUGCCCAGCCUGCGCCGCAACCCCCCGACCCAGCUCUCGCUGGACAGUCUCAUCCAACGGUCCCCUACCGGCUCAACGCUGCAUCUCGACUCCCCCACUCUCUCCACCGUGAGCACCCCAACCUUGAUCCCGGCCCCAACCUCCGCCCACUCCACCUGGGAAUACAAUCCCUUCCAAGAUACCAACAUCCACCCUCUCUUCCGCUCCACCAGCCCGGGUCCGUCGCCCACCACCGCCCCGGGCACCAUGCUCAAAGCCUCCCCGUCCGCAGGCCACACAUUGACCAAGGGCACGAUCACCCGCAUGCGCUCCGCCCGAUCCUUGCGCGAGCAGAGCAUGCGAACCCCAUCCCCCCUGCCCAGUAUUGAACUGGACGAGCUGCCCCGACGAAAGGACCCAGUCCGAGGGAGCUUUACCACCACUCGCACCGAGCGAUAUGAACUACACGAAUCCCCUGAUGAAAAGUGA